CAGCGGUACCAGAGCGGGUUGAAGAUACACUUAUGUCUUGUCAACUUUAAUUUCGUGUUGUUUAUCUGCUGUUUAACUAUUUAAUAGCGCAUUUAACAGUUUAAUUAAGUACCAAGGCGCCGCUAGAAGGUGUCCUCUUUGACACGCUUCCAAUGUAUUUUUAAUUAAUACAUUUAAAUACUGUUGUGUUUGAGUGAGUUUUGUAGCCUAGCAGGCUAACUUCCCAUUGGAAUCACAGCUAGUUUGCGCUAGCUUAGCAGACAGGAGCGACAGCAGCAGCAUCAAGACAAGCAUGAACUGUCCCCCAACAAAGCGCCUCCGGGGCCUGAACCAGGAUGUAGUAACAGCAGUGGCCUUUGAUGAUCCUUUUGGAGAUGAUGAAGAAUUCACCCAAGAUGUGUUAGAUGAAAUCGACAUCAUUGCCUCGCAGGCCGUCACCUCGGGUUCGGCAGGAGCAAGGACAGGGACAGAGAUAGGAUCCAAAUCAAAUGAGUCAGCCCGCGGGUCAUCUUGGCCAUCCUCCACUGGGCAGAGCAAACCUGUGAGCAAAACCAUAACCAAUCACAGCAGAGAAAAUGCAUUUUCCUUCAACAGUAGCAACAGAGAGAAUGCUGCGAUACCAAGUAGGGAACCUCUGGGUAACAGGCAGCAGCAGUUCAGGUCAGACAGAGAGGACUCCUACAGUCUCCUGGAGGCUCAGCAUGCAGAGCUGAAGAGGAAGCUGAAAGAGGUGGAAGAGGAAAUUGUCUUGAAGAGUGGGGAGAUCCGGGUACUGAGGGACUCUCUGAAAGCAGCUCAGCAGGAGAAGGAGGCUCAGAGACAGAAUCAGAGCCUCCUGGACACUCAGAGACAGAAAGAGUUUAGUGACAGGGAGAAGGAGCUUAACAGAAAGGUUCAGUCCUUGCAGUCUGAACUACAGUUUAAAGAAGCAGAGAUCAAUGAGAUGAAGACCAAACUCCACAAUACAGACAGAAACAAAAUGGCCUCUCCACUGCCUAGAAACAGGUCAGCCAUCCUCAACAUUAUUGGCAGUCCUAAAGUCCUAAAUCAUGGAAGCAGCAGCAGCUCAUCCUCUCCAAUAGGAAAUGGUUUCAUCACCAAGGAGAUGUUUGGAGCCCCGUUAUCAUCCAGAACGACACCGGUGAAGACACGGAGAGAUGAGAGAGGGGCGUCCAGCAGCAGAUCUGCUGAUGUGUCUCGUCCAGAUCCCUUCGUGUCCGUCAGACCUGCUCAUCUGCAGCACAGAGGUGGCGUCCUGCUGGGGUUAUUGCUACAGCAGCCCCUUUCUCCCAGCAGCCUCGGCCUCUCUCAUUUGCUGUCUAUAAGUCUGACUGACAUUCACCUGACAUCCAGUCGGCUGUCAGCAGGUUUUCUGCUCAACUCUGAAGCUGCAGCCGGUGUCAGUGGAGGUCCCAGAGCUGCUCUUAAUCCUGUCCAGAGUCUGGCAGUAACCGGACUCAACAUGCUGAGUCAGAGCCAGCCGGCAUCUGCAGCCAGCAGCAAAAACAGAUCGUGUCCUGGAGCCGUCCUCCUCCUCCCUCUGCUGGACCUUCACCUGUCUCAGCUGUGCCAGUCUUUGGACUCGCUCUGCUCCUCUGCUGGCAGCAGUGGGUCAGACUCUCCAGCUGCCAGCUCACUUCCAGCAGGCCGAACUGCUGCAGCUUCUGCUGGGCUGGGGAGACUGGAGGAGACUGGUUUAUGUGGUUUUAGCGUGGAGGACAAUGGCUUAGCUGCUCUGAGGCUCCUCUGUCUAAUGCUGGUCCACAGUGAUGAGGUGGUGGAGGCUGUGUUGUCAAAGGAGAGUCAGAGCAGAGUCACAGACCAUAAGGCUGACUGCUCCGCUGCCGGAGUGGACCUCUGCUCUCAGAAUGCUUUGCUGCAGUCGCUGCUGCGUCUGUGUGAUGACGGGCUCAGUGGAGGCAGCCCACAGAGGGAGGAGCUUGCCCUCAGUGCCAUGAAGACACUGCGUGUCUUAAUUGAGAGAACACCAGACACACAUACUGACAGGCUGGAGUGUGUGCUUCCGGUGGUGUGUACGUGUGUGUCAGCGAACAGCAGGUUCCAGACUGUUUCGGAGUGUGUGUCCAUCCUCACAUCAAUAUCCGACCACCAGACGCUGGCGAAGCAGCUCUGCUCUCAGCAUGAUCCCUGUGUUUUCCUGAAGUUGUUUCAAUUCAUCAGGACCAGAUCAGACAAACACACAGCGCACACAAACUGGAUUCAGUUGGACCUUCAGGUGGUUCGUUUGUUGAACAGACUAAUGACUCAGAGAUCAGAGAGUUGGGCUACCAGCCUGCAGAGCACCUGCCAGUGUUAUACUGAGCUUGUUCAGACAAUAGUGAUUGUUUUCCAUCGUCAGUGGCUGGAUCUCCGUGGUUCUCAGGAGCUAACAGCCUCAACAGACGUGGCCUCACCUCUGCAGCAAUGCUGUGCCUCCUCUUUGCCGUGGUGGUGCAGCACAGCAGCGUCUCUGCUCAGAGAGUGUCUGUUGCUGUUGCACUGGCUGCUACUGCAUCAUGGCAGCUUCUCAGAGAGCUGCAGGCCGCUGCUGCACAUGUAUGACCAGGUGAUCCCUGCUGUACGAGACACGCUGAGGAAGAUCCCCGAGCUGAGCGAGAGCGAGGAGUUGGCAUUGGAAGAUAUCUGCCGCUCGGAGGGCGAUGAAGCUGAUGACAUGGACACUGACACUGGCUCCUAAUUGGCUGCUGCCACUGACCUGUGGAUUUGGUGGCACAUGUCAACAUAAGGGACAGUUUACCGACUGCUGAUGUAUUAUGUUUUAGACUGGAACAAGAACAGAGCAGACUUUUGUGGAGGUUUCAGAGAAAUUAGGUGAGUCAGAGGUCUGACUGAAAUAAUGAACACAGAGUAUUUACUCUGCUUUCAGAUAGGAUUUCACAAU